GGUGAGAAUGGCAGGGUGUGUCCUAUGUGCUGCACUUCCCCCUGUAUUCGCAGCUUAGAUUGCAGUUUCAGCUACAGGCAAAGAUGAAGACAUGGAGGUGAGACGCCCCUCUGUCCCCUUACUGCUCCUGACGCUGAUCAGUUUCUUGGCAGGCAUCGUAAUUAGCCAAGUACUGACUCCGCACCGCCCGGUGAAUGGGAUUCUGGGAGGAUCGGUCGUGCUGUCUGUGGAUCUAUCCCCCGGGAGAAAGGUGAAAGAAAUCGAAUGGAACUUUCAUGCUGGGUCAGGUGUGACGCUCCUGCUGGCUGAGUUCAAAGGGGGGAAGUUUGAGCGACCCGAUCCCAACGACAGAUUUCAGCAGAGACUAGAAAGGUACAACGAGACCUCGCUGAGGAUCAGGGCUCUGGAGCUAAAUGAUAGUGGAAUUUAUAAGGUCCGGAUUACGAUAGUACCAGCAACUGUGGAGGAACUGGCCUUUCUCCUGACCGUCUAUGAGCCGGUGCCAAUGCCAGAGAUAAAGAGUCACUCGCUCUCCAGCCCGGCAGCUGGGUGCAAUGUCACUCUGCAGUGUCAGGUGUCUGGCAGGGAAGAGGUUAACGUCUCCUGGAGUAGAGGGAACCCACCCCGAGACCUGGGCGAUCCCAAGCGGUACCAGCUCAGCCCAGACGGCAGAACCCUUCACCUGUCUCUGCAGCCCAACCUCCCGGACUCUACCUUCACCUGCACGGCCAGCAACCCCGUGGACCAGAAAAACAUCUCUCUUGACCUGCAGAGCAUCUGCCAAAGCGGUGGAGCGGCUCCCAGUCCUUGCCAUUGGAAAGCCAUUGUUGUGACACUGUUCCUGGGAAUGCAGAUUGGUGCCAUUGUCCUUGUGAACCUGCUGCCCAGAAAAACGCUGGAAUGCUGGCGGCUGGGCUCUGCUGUCCCCACGGUCCCAGAGGAGGAGGAAUGUCUUUCAGAGCCCCACUAUGCUGAGAUCAAGAGGAGGAGUCCUCCGGAGGGGGACGACCAGGACCCUGGCUUCCCGAGCGAGAGGACGCCGAUCACCACCAUCUAUGACCAGAUCCGAGUGGUCCCAGCUGGCCCCUCUGAGCAGGUUACCUAGGCCAGGAGCGCCAAGAAAAGUGUGUGGCAAAGUCCUGUAACAUCCUUGGAGGAGGUGGAAAGUUUGUGUGUUCUUGUGGGUCGGGAUCUCGAGGGGGCAGCUGUGGCAGAUGUAAGACCUUGGAGUUCGCAAGACUCUGCUGAAAAUGGACAGACACGCAGGGCGUCUUGGGACAAGGGGAAUGGAUUUCCUGGGGGACUCCCAAGGGAGAGGUUCAUGCAAAUUCCCCCAACUCUGGUUCUGCAAACCCCCCCAGCCUUUCGAAGCGACACCCUGUGGAACGCCUCAUUGUCUGCUGCUAACAUGUGAUGUGAGGCCAAGAAAGAAAGAGAUGAUCUGCCCAAUCUCUGCUCUGGUUCCGGAUCUAAGACAGACGAACUUGUAACCAUGGGGGAAAAACCCAGUUGUGGGUUUUCAAGGACUGAACUUACUAGAACCCGAGGUUGGGGCUGACGCUUUUGAGCGUGUGUCUAGGUUAUUCUAUGGUCUUCGUCUGUUUGCUCUGUCAUGCUUUUCCCUUAAGAAUAAAGGCGCUUGCCCAGCAA